GAAACAAACCCUUUUGUUGCAACACCUAGUGGAAAUCCUGGAUUUUUGCCUCAGAAAAUUGGAAAAAGUAGUUCUAACGAUGCCAAAACACCCAAACCCCCUAAAGCACCGGAAAAACCUCUUAUGCCGUAUAUGAGGUAUAGUCGUAAAGUGUGGGAUACUGUAAAAGCACAAAACCCAGAAUUGAAAUUAUGGGAAAUCGGAAAAAUAAUUGGCCAAAUGUGGCGAGAUCUACCAGAAAGUGAAAAGCAAGAAUUUGUAGAAGAAUAUGAAACAGAAAAGAUUGAGUAUGAAAAAACACUGAAGACAUAUCAUAAUUCACCUGCUUAUUUGGCAUAUAUUGCUGCUAAAAAUAGAGGAAAAUCUUUCACUCAAGGAAGUGAUGAAAGGGAUACUCAUGAACGUAGCAGUGGUUCAUCCAAGCAAGCAGCAGCUGAUAGAAGAAUCGAGAUUCAACCAGCAGAAGAUGAGGACGAUCAGGAUGAUGGAUACUCGGUGAAACAUGUUGCUUAUGCUCGAUAUAUACGUAAUCAUAGAUUAAUCAACGAUAUCUUCUCGGAUAGUGUGGUUCCUGAUGUUCGCUCAGUGGUGACGACAUCUCGUAUGCAAGUACUUAAACGUCAAGUUCAAUCCCUCACAAUGCAUCAAAAAAAACUUGAGGCAGAAUUACAACAGAUAGAGGAAAAAUUUGAAGCAAAAAAAAGAAAAUUUGUAGAAAGCAGUGAACAGUUUCAAGAAGAAUUAAAGAAGCAUUGUAAACCUGCUGUUGACGACGAUACUUUUCAAAAAAUGGUGGAACGGCAAUAUGAUAUUUUAAGAAAGGAACGAAUCAAAGUAUUAGAAGAGCAUAAACCAAAAACAGAAAUUGUUUCUUCAGAACAGCAAUUACUACAGAAUAAUGAUGUUAAUCGAGAAACUGAUUUUAAACAGAAAACUCAUCAACAUGAGCAAACAAGUGUAGAGCAAACAAAAGAAAUUAGAUCAAGCUUUCAAGUUGAACAUGUAACAAACGGAAUUGGUUCGCAAGAAGCAAAGCUUAUGGAAACAUCUGCUUCUAGAAAUGAAUAUGGCUCUCACUCAUCAGUAUUGUCUUCAAAUAAUCAGCAUGCACAACAAGAUCAGCAAACAACUUCUCAUAUGUCUUUGCAAUCUUCUCAGCAGCAAUCUCAGCAAGUACAAAGUAAUGAACAACCACCACCUUCUGUUUUGCAUCAUUCACAACCAUCUAAUCAAUCACUUCAGUCUCAAUCUCAUCAACUUCCACAUCAGCAACAAGCCCCUCAACCUGUUUCUCACAUUGGGUCUGUAACUCAUCAUUCUUCUUCCCUUCCAACCCACACCCAAUCACCACAACAUAGUAUCAAUGCUGCUCAAACACCGACAGCACAUCACCACCCAGGACCGGGCGGGAUUCCGCCUCAAAAUACCCAACCUACUUCAGGAAAUAUUUUGCCGCCUCCUCCAAUCGGCCAUAAUAUGCCUUCUCAUAUGACACCUCCUGUACACAGUAUGCCGCAUUCUACAGGUCCUUCACCUCCUAAUCAAUCUCCAACUAUAAUGCCAUAUCAGCAAUAUCCUAGUAAUAAUCCGCAGUCCGUUCCGUUGCCACCAAGACCACCACAUCAUACCUACAGUUAUUCUCAACAACAGGGAUAUCAUCAAGGUUAUCCUCAAUAUUCUCCUCAUCCAUACUAUCAGCCCUACCCACAGUAUCCACCUCACAUGGGGCGACCACAUCCAUAUUCGCAUUCAGCUCCGAUGGAUGGACAACAUCCACCAGCCUCAACUAUUAGCGAGGUGCAUCCUCUGCCCUUGUAUGGGCCACCACCAGGUACAGACAAUGAAAGAAGUAUUGCAGAGGACAUUGGUUCCGGCAGUGGACAUCAGCAUUGUGAGAGUAUUCAAGGAGCUCAAAUAGAUGAGAAAAAAAUUUGAAAGCCAGCAAGAAAAGGACAAGAAAGAUG